GUAGCGAGAACUGUUCUGUGAUUGGUCGGUUAUCUGUUGUCGUCAUGGAGAGGAGGAUGCUAAUCAUAUCAGCUGGUUACUCGUUUCUCGUAUCUUUUGGACGUCUUGGACAAGUUGUGCGUGUGUGUCGGUCGGUAUCUCAAAGAACGUGCUUGUUUUUGUCAAACUGCAGGGUUAUGGCUAAUGUGCCUGGGAAGAUUGAGGAGUACGUUGACAGUUUUUUGGCUGAGAACUCGGCACUACAGCGUAAACUUCAAAGCAAAGCCGAGGCCUUGCUUAUUCUGAGUAAGGAACUCGACCAAUGCCGAACCGAAAGAGAUCAGUUCAGGCUAAUGGCAGAACAACUUCAGGACCGAUAUUCCAUGCUGAAGAAGAAGUCGCAUGAUCUGGGUUUCAGUCGGCUGACGCUCCAUCCUGAUGGUAUAGACUCAAAGAGACGUGGUAAUACCUUGGCUCAAAUUUUAGGAGAAACCACAGAACAGAACAAGGCUCUAAAAAUUGAGGUGGAAGAUCUGCGGCAGAAACUUCGUGAUGCACAUGGGGACAUCAAGGCGCUGCGCAUAAGCCUCGGACAGCAACGUUCUGGCACAAAUGUGGGGGACAGCCAGGCAUUCCCAUCUCACCAGAGAGAACAGCUGGUACAGCAGCUUGAGACUUUGAGUCUGAAGUGUACACAGAUGGAGACUGACCUACAGGCAGUGCUGGAUGAGAAAGAGGAACUGGUAACAGAACGAGAUGCUUAUAAAUGUAAAGUUCAUCGUCUCAACCAUGAACUGAAUGCUGUGUUGAAGGGAGACAAAACAAGACUGGUUGACAUUGAUGCGCUGGUCAUGGAGAACAGGUACUUGAAGGAGAGACUUGUGCAAGCAGAGGAAGAGAAAGAAAUGUCAAACCAAGCUCUUUCCAAAUAUAAGGGCAUGCUUGACAAGAAUCGCAGCAGAGGUACAGUUAAGCUUGGCACUAACAGCACGGGCAUGGUCAUGUCCCACAAACAGGUGCAACAGCUCCUGGAACGUGGCUCAUCAGCACAGUUGCCCAACACUGUUGCCACCCUGUCAGACUUGAAAUCAUUGUGUCUUGCCUUACUGGAGGCUCUCGGAGACAAGGUGCUAGCCCUGAAUCAUCAGAGGAAAGCAAACAAGAUCCUGGCAAAUCGUAUCUCUGACCUAGAAGAGGCAGUGCAGAGAGGGCAUCCGGCCACAUUUCCAUCACAGUUGCUUCUGGAAGGCUAUGCCAGCUCUGAAGUGGACCAGAAUGCAAGUAGCAUCCUCUCCCCAGAGCAUCCUGGCAGCUCAGAUUCAGAGGGAGAGUGCAUCAGCAGCAUACAUCUCAACUCUGAAGGUAUACAGGAUGCUUUCACAACACUGGAGAUAAAUGGCGAAGGCAGUCAGAGUGAGAUCACAGCAGUUGACGGUAUGGAAGUAUCAAAAAAGAUAUCCACCUCCAAACCAUCACAACACGACCUCACAGUCACUCGAGGACAUGAAUCUCCACCGCACCAGUACCUGUCAAGCAGACAUUCAGAGAAGCCUGAUAAUGACAUCAGGGAUAAGUACAGAAUGUAUGGGUCACAUAUGGAAGAUACCAUCUCACCCCAAACCAGUGUUCAAGGAGAGGACAACAGCCUACCUCCACAGCUACAGCAGCUAGUGCAGAAAGCUUUGGAUGAGAUGAAGCAGGAAGCCAAAAAGGGAUGCUAAUAAUGUUACCAAUUUAUACUAUGUUAAUAAAGUUCCUACAAAAUUA